AUGUCGGUACAGUACUCUGUGUCGUCGACAGGGUCGUAUAUGAAGGCCAUGCAGGCCAUGGUGGACGCUUUGGAACGACUCCAGGAACCUGCUGUGGAUUUGGCCACUCCAAAGAUUGAUACUGAAGAGCACGAGAUUGAUUUGGGCGUGUUAGCUCAAUUUGAUGAUAUUCAACUAAGUGAAGAAAUUAGUGAUUUCAGUUCAGAUACUGAUGACUACGAUGAUGAUGGUGGUGCUAAUGCUUAUGAUGAUUUAAUGAAAGAAUGCAAAAGAGUCGCAAAGACCAAGGAACAAUUAAGUCAACAAGAAUUAGCUGAUACAAUUGUUUCAACUUUGACAUCAGAAUCAUCUCUUGAUAGUCUACAAUCAUUUCUUUUUGAUAUUCUUGGGUUUGAAGAAUUUGAUUUGAUUUCAAAAAUCAUUGCUGAUAAAGAUCAAAUCUUAAGUGAUAUGACUAAAGAACCAUCUCAUGAAAAGAUACAGAAAGAAUUUUUAUCAGAGAGAGACAUAAGGAAUCAAGUGAAAAAGAAUCAACAAACUGCAAAAUCACAAGAUUUAGCACCAGCUGAGACCGUUAGAAAAUAUCCAAAUGUCUAUAAAGCGUUUGAUGGUGGUAAUACUGUUGCUUUUAAUGGUCAAAAAUUUACAUUACCAGUUGGAUCAACAAGAGAACAACGUGAAAAUUAUGAAGAAAUCACAAUUCCAAUCCAAGCCAAAAAAUUCAAAAGAGCUAAUGAAGUCCCAGUUCAUAUUAGAGAUUUAGAUACUCUUUGUCAAGGUACUUUUAAAGGUUAUAGCACAUUGAAUAGAAUGCAAUCCUUAGUUUACCCAGUUGCUUAUAACACCAACGAAAAUAUGCUUGUUUGUGCUCCAACAGGUGCUGGUAAAACUGAUGUUGCGUUGCUCACAAUCUUACACACAAUUGGUCAAUUUAUGACAGAAACUGAUGAUACAAUUGAUAUUGAUUAUAGUGAAUUUAAAAUUGUUUAUGUUGCACCUUUAAAAGCUCUUGCUGCUGAAAUUGUGGAAAAAUUUAGUAAAAAAUUAGCUUGGUUAGGUAUUCAAGUUAGAGAAUUAACUGGUGAUAUGCAAUUGACAAAAUCUGAAAUAAUCGCAACUCAAGUUAUUGUCACCACUCCAGAAAAAUGGGAUGUUGUUACUCGUAAAGGUAAUGGUGAUGAUGAAUUGGUAUCAAAAGUCCAACUUUUAAUCAUUGAUGAAGUUCAUUUACUUCAUGAAGAUCGUGGUUCAGUCAUUGAAACUUUAGUUGCUCGUACUUUACGUCAAGUUGAAAGUACACAAUCUAUGAUUAGAGUUGUUGGUUUAUCAGCUACACUUCCCAAUUUUGUUGAUGUUGCUGAUUUCUUAGGUGUUAAUAGAGAGAUUGGUAUGUUCUUUUUCGAUCAAUCAUUCCGUCCAGUUCCAUUAAAACAACAAUUGAUUGGUGUUAAGGGGAAAGCUGGUAGUAAACAAGCUAGAGAAAACAUUGAUCGUGUUACAUAUGAUAAACUUAUUGAUGAAUUGAAUAAUGGUGCUCAAGUCAUGGUUUUUGUUCAUUCAAGAAAAGAUACUCAAAAGACUGCUAGAACUUUUAUAAGCAUGGCUCAGGAAAAUAAUGAAGGAAGUUAUUUUGAUUGUACUGAAUCAACAGAAUAUGAACGUUUCAAACGUGAAAUGAGUAAAAAUCAUAAUAAAGAUACACGUGAAUUAUUCCAACAUGGGUUUGGUAUUCAUCAUGCUGGUAUGCUUCGUUCUGAUCGUAAUUUAACAGAAAAAAUGUUUAUGAGUGGUGCUAUUAAAGUUUUAUGUUGUACUGCAACUUUAGCUUGGGGUGUUAAUUUACCAGCUGCAGUUGUUAUUGUUAAAGGUACACAAGUUUAUGAUUCCAAGAAAGGUGGUUUCACAGAUUUAGGUAUUUCUGAUGUUAUUCAAAUUUUUGGUCGUGCUGGUAGACCUCAAUUUGAAAAAUAUGGUACAGGUAUUCUUUGUACUACAAGUGAUAGAUUAGAUGAUUAUGUCAGAUUAUUGACAUCUCAACAUCCAAUUGAAUCUAAAUUAUCUGCAAAGAUUGUUGAUAACUUAAAUGCUGAAAUUUCAUUAGGUACUGUGACAAAUGUUGAUGAAGGUGUUAAAUGGUUAGGUUUCACUUAUAUGUUUACAAGAAUGAGACAAAAUCCAUUUGCUUAUGGUAUUGAUUGGAAAGAACUGGCUGAGGAUCCACAACUGGUUGAAAGAAGAACUCAAUUGAUUAUUAGUGCAGCUAGAAGAUUACAUUUUUUACAAAUGAUUAUUUUCGAUGAAAGAUCAAUGCAUUUUGUUCCUAAAGAUUUGGGUAGAGUUGCAUCAGAUUUUUAUUUACUGAAUGAUAGUGUUGAAAUUUUCAAUCAAAUUUGCAGUCCUACAGCUACAGAAGCUGAUGUUCUAUCAAUGAUUAGUAUGAGUAGUGAAUUUGAUAGUAUUAAAUUUAGAGAAGAAGAAGCUGUUGAAUUGACUAAAUUAUUAGAGAAUAGAGCAAAAUGUCAAAUUGGUGCAGAGUUAUCAACAGCACCUGGUAAAACAAAUAUCUUAUUACAAGCAUUUAUUUCACAAGCUUCAAUUAAUGAUUCUGCAUUAUAUUCAGAUUCUAAUUAUGUCGCACAAAAUUCUAUAAGAAUUUGUCGUGCAUUAUUCUUAAUUGGUAUUCAUAGAAGAUGGGGUAUUUUCGCCAAAGUUUUAUUAUCAAUUUGUAAAUCUAUUGAAAGAAGAUUGUGGUCAUUUGAGCAUCCAUUAAAACAAUUUGAAUUACCACAACAAAUCAUAAGAAAUUUAGAAGCUAAGAAUACACCAAUGGAAGAUCUAAGAAUGAUGGAAUCUAGAGAAUUAGGUGAUUUAGUUCAUAAUACCAAGAUGGGUUCAACUUUAUAUAAAUUGAUUGGUAGAUUACCAUAUAUUUUAAUUGAAGGUGAAAUUUUCCCCAUCACUAAGAAUGUUAUGAGAGUUCAUGUUUCUUUAGAACCAGAUUUUGUUUGGGAUGAAAAAUAUCAUGGUGGUGCACAAAUUUUCUGGGUUCUUGUUGAAGAAUCUGAUAAGAAUUCAAUUUUACAUUUCGAAAAAUUUAUAUUGAAUAGGAAGCAAUUGAAAAAUCCACAUGAAAUGGAUUUUAUGAUUCCUUUGGCAGAUCCAUUACCACCACAAAUUGUUAUUAGAGUUGUUAGUGAUUCAUGGAUUGGAUCAGAAACUACACAUAGUAUUUCAUUCCAACAUUUAAUUAGACCUCACAAUGAAACUUUACAAACUAAAUUAUUAAAACUUCAACCAUUACCAAUUACCGCAUUACAUGAUUCAGGUAUUGAGGCAAUCUAUAAACCAAAAUUUAGAUAUUUCAAUGCAAUGCAAACAAUGACUUUCCAUACAUUAUAUAAUACAAAUUCAAGUGUAUUUGUUGGUUCACCAACAGGGUCAGGUAAAACCGUGGUGGCAGAAUUAGCAAUUUGGCAUGCUUUCAAUGAAUUUCCAGGUUCUAAAAUUGUUUACAUUGCACCAAUGAAGGCAUUGGUUCGUGAAAGAGUUGAUGAUUGGAGAGAAAGAUUAACCAAGACAACAGGUCAUAAAGUUGUAGAAUUAACUGGUGAUUCUAUACCAGCUGCAAAAGAUGUUAGAGAAGCAAGUAUUAUUAUUACAACACCUGAAAAAUUUGAUGGUAUUUCACGUAAUUGGCAAACACGUAAAUUUGUUCAACAAGUUUCAUUAGUUAUUAUGGAUGAAAUUCAUUUAUUAGCAAGUGAUCGUGGUCCAAUUUUAGAAAUGAUUGUUAGUCGUAUGAAUUAUAUGUCAUCACAAACUAAUAAACCUAUUAGAUUAUUAGGUAUGUCCACUGCUGUUUCAAAUGCAUUUGAUAUGGCUGGUUGGUUAGGUGUUCGUGAAGGUUUGUUCAAUUUCCCAUCUUCUGUUCGUCCAGUUCCAUUAGAGAUGUAUAUUGAUGGAUUCCAAGAUAAUUUAGCAUUUUGUCCAUUGAUGAAAACAAUGAAUAAACCUGCAUUCAUGGCAAUUAAGGCACAUUCACCAACAAAACCAGUUUUAAUUUUUGUUGCAUCACGUCGUCAAACAAGAUUAACUGCAUUAGAUUUAAUUCAUCUUUGUGGGUUAGAAGAUAAUCCACGUAGGUUUUUAAAAAUGGAUGAAUUUGAAUUAGAAGAUGUUUUAAAAGAUGUUAAAGAUGAAACUUUAAGAUUAUCAUUACAAUUUGGUAUUGGAUUACAUCAUGCAGGUUUAGUUGAUAAUGAUCGUAAGAUCAGUCAUAAAUUAUUUGAAUCAAAUAAAAUUCAAAUUUUAAUUGCAACAAGUACUUUAGCAUGGGGUGUUAAUUUACCAGCUCAUUUAGUUAUUAUUAAAGGUACUCAAUUUUUCGAUGCUAAGAUUGAAGCAUAUAGAGAUAUGGAUUUAACAGAUAUUUUACAAAUGAUGGGUCGUGCAGGUCGUCCAGCUUAUGAUACAAGUGGUAUUGCAAUUGUUUAUACUAAAGAAUCCAAAAAGAUGUUUUAUAAACAUUUCUUAAAUGUUGGUUUCCCAGUUGAAUCUUCAUUACAUAAAGUUUUAGAUAAUCAUAUUGGUGCAGAAAUUUCAGCAGGUACAAUUAAAUCAAGACAAGAUGCAAUGGAUUUCUUGACAUGGACUUUCUUAUAUAGAAGAGCUCAUAAUAAUCCAACCUAUUAUGAUAUUCAAGAUACUUCCACUGCAGGUGUUGGUAAAUAUUUAUCAGAUUUAAUUGAUGCUACAAUUAAAAAUUUACAAGAAUCAAGUUGUGUUAUUGCAGGUGAAAAACAAUUGAUUCCAACAGCAUAUUUAAACAUUUCAUCAUAUUAUUAUUUAUCACAUUUAACUAUACGUAAUUUAGUUAAUCAAAUUUCAUCAGAUGCAACAUUUAGAGAAUGUUUGAGAUUGUUAUCAGAAGCUAUUGAAUAUAAUGAAUUACCAACUAGACAUGGUGAAGAAUUGAUUAAUAUGGAAAUGUCACAAAAUUUACGUUAUCCAUCAGAUGAUUUAGUUGAUAAGCCAAUUUGGGAUCCUCAUAUUAAGACAUAUCUUUUAUUACAAGCUUAUAUGAGUCGUGUUGAUUUACCAAUUGCAGAUUAUUCACAAGAUACCGUUUCAGUUUUAGAUCAAGCAUUACGUAUCUUACAAGCAUAUAUUGAUGUUGCAUCAGAGUUGGGAUAUUUACAAACUACAUUAAUUUUCAUCAAGAUUAUGCAAUGUAUUAAACAAGGUAUUUGGUUUGAUGAUGAUCCAGUCUCUAGUUUACCAGGUCUAGACCUCCGUCGUUGGUCUGGGUAUUCAACCGAUGGUCUAGGAACGGAAAUAAAUGGACUUUCUGAAAUUCAGCGCCGUGAUGAGUUAGAGGAAGGUCAUGGAGACCCUGGUCAUGAUGGCCAAGACCAUAAAUUUAAAACAAUUAAAUCCAAAUUUACAACUUUAAAGGAAAUUGGUGGAUUUAGUUAUGGGAAAUUGAAUGGAUUUAUGAAAAGAAUUGGUGUUGAUGAAUCUCAAAAAAGGGAAUUUGUUUAUGCUGCUCAACAUUUACCAGUUGGUGAUUUCCAUGUUGAACAAUCUGAAUCUGAUUCAUUGAAAGUCCAAUUAAAACAUCAUAAUGAACCUGUAAAUUCAGAUUUUAAAAUGUUAUGUGCCAAGUUCCCCAAAUUACAAAAAGAAUCUUGGUUUGUUAUAUUAUGUGAUUUAGAAUUCAAUGAACUUUUAGUGGUGAAAAGAGCGGCUCCAAUACUUAAAAAGGGCUCUAAGAAGGGUGUUGUUGAUUGUGAAUUGAGUAUCCCUUCAGAACUCAAAGGUUCCUUAGUGAAUGUAUUGAUGGUUAAUGAUGCUUUUGACUUGCAAUACGGAGUCCAAGUGGAACUCAAGUAUUAA